AUGUCGUUGAACUCAGUUAAUAACGGUUCCGAGCUAGUAAAUAAGUUAGUUAUCAAUGAAUUACUAACUUUUGUGCAAAAUAAGCAUGAGGUGAUGGACAGUGAAAGUCUAGCGAGAAUAUGUGCUACAGCCUUUACGAAGGAAGAUAUCGAAAUUGCUAAGGAGAUUUUGUUUAAAUGUACGGAUAAACGCAAUAUCAAGCGCAAAAACAAGGAUGGAAAAAACGAUAAGGAUCUUUAUGAUAUGAUUGAAAUAUUCAAGAUUGUUGAACCAGAGAAGCUACCCAUUUUUGUUGCACGGAAUUUGAAUAAACUGCCACCAAUUACGUUCGACCACGUAGACGUAAGUAGGCUGUUAAAGGAUAUUCUAAUAAUCCAAAAUGAUAUAAUAAAUAUUAAGAAUACGUAUGUAACGAACGAUCAGCUGUCUAAAGUAAGAGAGGAAUGCAUCAAAAGUCUAUCGGGCAGUGAUAGUUUUAAUACUCAUUUACUAAACAACAGCUUUAAAAAUAUUAAUCGGAAGCGCGGUGCUUAUAUUGUGUGUAAUAAUGAAUCAGAUGAUUCAUGUUAUCUAUCUCCUAAGCCGGCGCUAGCGCAUUGUUCGCAAACAAAGGAGGUGAACGACCCGAGUGCGGAGCAACCACCUCGCUCGCGCGCGGAAGAACGUUGCAAUGAGGCUGUCUCGGUCGCACCUAAGCCUAUUACGUCGUCGUCGCCGGCCGGGCGCGUGGAGGCCCGCACCGCGGUUUCUUCACUUGAGCAGCCGUUAUCGAGUACGCAUGCACUGAGACGGAACGCAAAGGUGAGUGGCCUCACAGCUGUCGGUGAAUCUCGCGCUAUUCUAUUGAAUUCAAACCAAUGCGAUGCGCGAGCUUCGUUCGCUGAUAUUGUGCGUUCUGAAGGAUUAAGUAACGUAAAUAUGGAUUCCAACUGGACUAUUGUUCAAAAGAAAAAUAAAAAUAGAAACAGAUUUAUUGGUCAAAAAGGAAAAGCUUUAACUAAUGCGGAGAGUAAAUUCAAGGCCGCCGAAGUAAAAAUUCCUUUAUUUAUAAAUAAUGUUGAUAAGGCUACCUCGCUUUUAGACAUAUCAAACUAUAUUAAGGAUAAAACGCAAGUGGAUGUAAACAUUGAAGCAAUAAAAAUGAAACAGGAAAAGGAAUAUAAUGCUUAUAAAGUAUUUGUGCCUAGGCACAAACUGGAGCUAUUUUUGGAUAAUACUCUAUGGCCCGAAGGUAUUUCUUUUCGUCGUUUUGUACACUUCAGACGCAGACUGCAUGAUACAGAUAAGUUAUAUAAUAAGAACCAAAAUGGCCAACAAUAG